AUGUGGCUCCCCGCGGUCAUCCUCCUCGCUUCUGCUGCUCCCUUCAUUUUCGCGGGCUCGGAAUGGGACGGCUACGUAAGUGGCACUUUGCUGGGCAGCGGUAACAUCGCGAAAGCAGCAAUCUGCGGCUUGGACGGAGUCAUCUGGGCCAAGAGCGACAAUUUUAACAUUGGCGCAGAUGAGGUGGCUGCAAUUGCCGAAGCUUUUGGCAACCAGCCCAGCUCUCUGAAAUUCGAAGGCAAAGCAUACAUGAUUCUGCGAGCCAACGCUGAGCAAAUUCAGGGAAGAGAGGGCUCUGGCGGAUUCGUUGCCUGUAAAACCAAUAAAGCCGUGAUCAUCUCCCUCUACACGAACGCCAUGAGUCCGGAACGUUGCGCGGAAGUAACGCAAAAUUUCGCCGACUUCCUCAAGAGCUCCAACUAU